GGCUCUGAAACUCCUUCCUGGAGAGCUGGAGUUGCCUUCGAAGUUGCCCUCCCUUCUGGACCCCUCCAGGAAGCUACAUAUGCCCAGCUGGGGCACAACCCCAGCUGAUGCCCCAGAGAGGCCACACAUCUCAGGAGAGGCUUUGGGCCCUGCCCUCCCUCCCCAUGGCAUAUGGGCCAGAACCGGACGCUGAGGGAUUGCUGGACCUCAGCUUCCUGACAGAGGAGGAGCAGGAGGCCAUCACUGAUGUCCUCAAACGAGAUGCCCGCCUACGCCAACUGGAGGAGGGACGGGUCAGCAAGCUCCGAGCCUCGCUGGCAGACCCCGGGCAGCUGAAGAUCCUGACGGGGGACUGGUUCCAAGAAGCACGCUCCCAGCGGCAUCAGCAUGCCCAUUUUGGGUCUGACCUUGUCAGGGCCUCCAUCCGCAGGAAGAAGAUCUCCAGGGGAGACCAGACUCUGGGAAGUGAUGGUGAGGCAGAGGCUGCUGGGAUAGACACUGCAGAGGAAGAGCCAGAGCCAAGGGUCUCCAUAGAGAUGGCUGCUCCAGAGAGGCACAGCAAGACCCAAGGACCUGAUUUUCCCUCACCAUAUGUAGUCUCAAAGACUUCAGAUCAUGAGGAGGAACCCCAGGCUCAGGAAGCCCCCGACCAAGGGGGUGUGCAGGUGGCAGAGACGGACCCAGCGCUGGAUCCUGAGCCGAGGGCGGAGCAGGAGUCCUGGCCGUCUGCAGCCCAGAUCAAGGCGACCUCCGAGAUCCAGGAGAAUGGGGAAGAGGCCCCAGGACUCGGCCCUUCGCUCAACCGCAUGCUCAGCAGCAGCUCCUCUGUGUCCAGCCUCAAUUCCUCCACGCUGAGCGGCAGCCUGAUGAGUCUGUCGGGGGAACCUGAGGCUGGCACCGUGCAGGUGCGGGGUUCGGUGCACUUCGCACUGCGCUACGAGCCGGGCGCUGCCGAGCUGCGAGUACAGGUGAUUCAGUGUCAGGGAUUGGCCGCCGCCAGACGUCGCCGCUCAGAUCCCUACGUGAAAACCUACCUCCUCCCGGAUAAGCAGAACAAGCGCAAGACGUCGGUGAAGAAACGGAAUCUGAACCCCAUCUUCAACGAGACUCUGCGGCACUCCGUCCAGCAGGCUGAUCUCCCAGGACGCGUACUGAAGCUGUCCGUGUGGCACCGCGAAAGUCUGGGUCGCAACAUCUUUCUGGGAGAGGUCGAAGUACCCCUAGACACGUGGAACUGGGACUCUGAGGCUACCUGGCUCCCCCUACAGCCCCGGGUUCCCCCGUCUCCAGACGAGCUUCCCAGCCGUGGACUGCUCUCUCUGUCCCUCAAGUACAUCCCUGCAGGCUCAGAGGGAGGAGGACAGCCUCUGAGUGGGGAGCUACACUUCUGGGUAAAGGAAGCUCAGGGCCUCGUGCCACUGCGGCCAGGAUCCCUGGACACUUAUAUACAAUGCUCAGUGCUACCUGACGACAGUCGGGCCAGCAGGCAACGCACGAGAGUGAUUCGGCGAAGCCUCAGCCCUGUGUUCAACCACACCAUGGUUUAUGAUGGCUUCGGGCCUGCCGACCUACGCCAAGCCUGUGCUGAGCUCUCCCUGUGGGACCACGGGGCCCUGGCCAGUCGCCAGCUGGGGGGCACACGCCUCAGCCUUGGUACAGGCAGCAGCUAUGGGCUCCAAGUGCCCUGGAUGGAUUCCACACCUGAGGAAAAGCAGCUGUGGCAGACACUCCUGGAGCGUCCAUGUGAGUGGGUGGAUGGCCUUCUGCCCCUCAGAACCAACCUCGUCCCCAGGGCAUAGCCCUGUUAAACCCCUCUGUGUACCCCACCAAAGUAUACCCAUGGCUGGAAUCAAUAAAGUCUGUCCAUGGAGCCAC